UGGUCAAAGUUCACCUGAUUGGCUGACGGGGCUGAGGGAGGCUGUGACGGACAGCGGGUGUUUACAUAUAGAGCUUUUCCGACCGACGCCGCCCUCCGAUCCAACAACACACCCUCCACCUCUGCAACACAGGUGCUGCUGACUCGAUCUGCAUCAACAUGAGCCCCAAAAAUGUUGUUUUCAAGAAGAUUUGCAAGGACAAGUCGGUCGGAGUCUACAUGGGGAAAAGAGACUUUGUCGACCGUAUUGACUCUGUGGACCCAGUGGAUGGCGUCAUCCUCAUUGAUCCUGAGGCUCUGCAGGGGAGGAAAGCGUUCGUCACCCUGUCUUGCACCUUUCGGUACGGCAGAGAUGACAUGGAUGUGAUGGGGAUCGCUUUCCGCAGGGAGCUGUACCUGUCAACCCGCCAGGUGUACCCGCCUCUGCAGGACCGUGAGAAGGGAGUCCACACCAAGAUACAGGCCAAACUGCUGCGCAAGCUGGGAGACAACGCCUACCCGUUCUUCUUCGAGUUUCCUGACAACCUGCCUUGCUCAGUGGCUAUGCAGCCAGCGGCCCAUGAUGUCGGCAAGCAAUGUGCUGUGGAGUUUGAGAUCAAAGCGUUCAGCGCUGAGAGCCAGGACGCCAAAAUACGCAAAAGGAGCUCGGUGAAGCUGAUGCUCAGGAAGGUCCAGUAUGCUCCAGAGAGCGUGGGAGUGGCGCCCUCUGUCGAGACCACCAGGGACUUCCUCAUGUCGGAUAAACCGCUUCAUGUCAAGGCCAGUCUGGACAAAGAGAUAUACUAUCAUGGCGAGACCAUCAACGUGCACGUCAGCGUCACAAACAACUCCAACAAAAACAUCAAGAACAUCAUCGUUUCUGUGGAUCAGGUCGCCACGGUGGUGUUGUACUCCAACGACAGCUACGUCAAGUGUGUGGCCAUCGAAGAACCCGGGGACUCGGUGUCUCCGGGAGCGACCCUGCAGAAAGACUACAAGCUGCUGCCUUUGCUGGCCAACAACAGGGAGAGGCGCGGCAUCGCUCUGGACGGCAAACUGAAGCACGAAGACACCAAUCUGGCAUCAUCGAGCGUCAUCAAGGAGGGUGUGCUGAAGGAAGUUCUGGGAAUCAUGGUUUCAUACAGAGUCAUGGUGAAGCUCAUUGUUGGAGGGAUGAUGGGAUCAAGUGAGGUCGGCCUGGAAGUUCCCUUCAAACUCAUGCAUCCUAAACCUGAUACAGUGAAGGAGAGUGAGAUGGAGGAGGAGAUGGAGUUCCAGGAGUUCAAGCGCUCCUACCUGAAGGGGAUGGCCGAUGACGAGGAAGAGGACGGGAACGUGUCGGGUGGUGACGACAUGGCGCCCAAAGAGAAAUAGAGUCAGCGGCUGGAACAAAGACAGCUGGGAGUCUGAGUCGCCUCGGAGUCUGUGCUAGAAAAAAGUUGAUGAAUUAAAGGACCGUGUCUGUGAUUUAGCAUGUUUUAGCACCACUUAGAUGUACUUCACCAAGUAUGCUAGGAACCACCAGCUUAUCUUUUUGCUGAGGCUAACAUGUUAGCAUUCAGCUGCUGUUGUCCUCAUUGCUGUCACUUGAGUCUGGUUCUGACCUGACUAAAAAAUUUGAUUGAAUGGCUUAUUGACACAUCCAGCAGACACAGAGCAACAUGAUGACCCCGUUGGAGUCGUGUUUGUGUCCACCUGAUGUACCUACGACUGCUUUUAACUCUGCUUUGGUCUCUACCAACUCCUGAGAACGAUGUCUGCUCGAUGCUCCACUUUCUUCAGCAGCUGGUCUCUCCCUGUUGGAAAACGUCUUUCUUCAGUCUGAGGCAGCAGGUUUGAUCAGAGCUGGAGGGUCUGGGUGCAGCUGAAGAACCAGACCUGUGAGCCGGAAGAGGCCAGAGGCCCCGCAGGGCUGCAGAGCUGGUGUUUAUUCUCAGUGGGUACUCGACUAUGACACGCUCCAUUUCAAUCGGCUCCUAAGCCGUAAAGCUCAGGUGUGCUUCAUGUAUCUGUGGAGCCACGAGGGUCCACGUGAAUUUCGUGUGCUCAUGUGUGUGUGGACGUGGGCAAAAUUUUAAAAUGAUGUUUUGAAGUCUGAGUAUUUCUACAGGGACUGCACCUGCUGACUAACACCCACACCACCACACCUAAGUGUGAGGAAAUAAUACUGUGGUGGGAAGCUAAUAGUAGUGCACAACAUUUAAUACUGUAGCUCACUGAUUUCUUUUAGCUAACAAGCUAACAUGCAAAACCACUGAUCUGGUCCUUCAGUAGAAUAUGGGAUGAUUCCUUGUAAUUGCUUGUUGAUGCGUUGAGAUUUACUGUAGCAGCUUUAAUGCAGAAGGCCAACCUUCAUUUGGCAUUUAGAGGAGAUGUGAUGCUCCAUGUGACUGUGCAGUUUGAACUCUGACAAUAAAAGCUGA